AUGUAAUUUAUACCAUCAAAAAUAGCGCAUGAUUAGUAUUUUGGGAAUGAAAAUAAUGAAAAACUAAUUUAGAGGGAGAUAGCUUUUCAAAGAAUACAGGGAGACGAAGACCCUAAUACUUUUGAUAUAUCUGAAGAUGAUGAAUAGGAAGAAUAUUAUUAAUAUAAUCAAAACAAAAGCCAUUAAAUAAAUAUAAUUAUAUUCAAAUAAAAGAAAACAUUCCUCAAAAUCAUACUACAAAAGGUUUGUCAUAAAUCCAUUUAAAGUAAAGCUAAAAAUCUAUAUGAAAAUUUAUCAUAUGGGAAGCAAUAAUAAAAUAAUUAUUAAAACUAAUAUUAAGACAUUUAAAAAUUGAAUUCUGCAGAUAAUAAAGAAUUUAAACAAAAAGACAAUAUUUUUAACCGAUUGAAUAAAGAAGCAAUAAUUUAGAAAGAAAAUAAGGAAUAAAUGGCUUAAAAUUUAGAAAAAAAAGUAAUGGAAAAUUGCACUUUUGCCCCAAAAACAUUUAAGAACUAAGAAAUAAGAAGCCUUUAAUAAUUCCUUAGUGAUUAAGAGAAAUUUAAGAAAUAAUAAAAUGAUAAAGUAAAUAUGUUAAAAUACUUAAAGAACGAAAUGAAUGAAAGCGAAAAUACUUAUGUGCCUAAAAUAAAUUAAAAAAGUGAAGAAAUACUUCAGUCAAAACGUUCUGAUUAUUAUUCUUAGCCAAUUCAUGAUAGACUAUUUAAUAUUUCUCAUGCAAAAAAAUAAAAUUAAUUACAAAUUUAGGAAAAUGUGAAAGAAAUCAUUUAAAAAAAUUGCUGUCCGUAAAUAAAUGAAAAAAGCAAACUUUUAUUAAGAAAAGGAGAUGUAGGAAACAAUUUAUAUUAAGACGCAAUAAGAAGAUAAUAAAAAUAACAAAAUGAAUAAAAUAGUCUUAAACAAAAAUCUUAAAUGAGUAAUAAAAGCUUUUUUAAUUAAGGAAAAAACGAAUAAAUCGUCGCUCAAAAAUUCGUUAGGGAUUUCGAAGAAAUAUACGAUGAAGUUGUUUUUGAUAAAAAAGAAGAAAAAAUUGAUUAUAUUUAAAUGGGUGAAAUUCUUUCUAAAAUGAACUUUUUGUAAAAAUAUCUUAAUAAUAAUAAUAAUAAUUUAUCAGAUAAAAAUUCAGUGUAUUUGCAUUAAGAAAGAAAAUUGAUAUAUGAUAUAUGGUAUAAUUUAAGAGGAAAUGAAUAGAAUAGUAUUUCUAAAUGCAAUCUAUGUUAAUUCUUGCUUAUUGUGAUAGGAAUUUUCGGUUUUUAGCUUUAAUCGGAAAAUUAACAAAAUUAAUUAUAAAAUAUAUAGGAAGAAGAUGAAAAUAUGAAUAAUUAAUAAGAUUUUUUUUCGAACAAAUUGAAUGAAGUUUUAUCUAAACCAAGAAUAGGCUAUAUUGAUUAAUUUGGAAAUUGGAUUGUUUCUUUAUAAGAAGCUAAAUUAGUUCAAAAAGAGUUUAAUUUAUUAUAUAGAAAUAGGCUGAGUAGUGAAGCCUUGAAAAAAACAAAUUUUAAAUAAGAGUUUGAUUAUCAACCAGCGAUCUUGCCGAAAUCUAAAGUUAUGGCAGAUACUUAUAGAGAUAAAUUGUUAGAGGAAACGGCUAAUUUAAUAGAAAAUAAUUAAAUUAAUGUUAAAGUACCUGCUAAUGGAAAAAUCACACAUGUUGAUCUGCUAAUGUACUAAAAAUAAGCUCAAAUUAAUACAAGAUUAUAAAAAUAAGCUUGCUAAGAUAUUGCUAUCUAGUAAAGUUGUUCAUUUCAUCCUUAAUUAAUAAAUAAAUAAAACAUUAAAAGUAAUGAGAAUCUAUUAUAAUCAGAAAGUAUUUGCUCUUAAUAAAUUGGAGGAAUGAAAAAAAGUUUAGAGUUAUAUUCAAUUGCUAAAAAUAAAAAUAAACUUUAAAAAAAAGAUAGGGAUAAAGAAGAAAUAGAAUUCGAAAAAAAUUGCGAAGAAUGUACUUUUUAACCAGAAUUAAUUACAAAAAAUACAAAAAAAAAUAACAAUUAAAUAUAUAUUACACCUAAAUAGAUUGACAAAUCUAUAGAAAGAAUGAGAUUAGGAAAUAAAUAAAGAUAAGAAAAAUAAUAAAUGUUUACAAGAGGUUAUGGUAAUAGUAAUAGCAUAAGUAAUAUUAAAAAUUAGGAAAGCUAAAAGAAUUUAAAGAAUAAAGAAAUAUUCCAAAACGAUUAAUAAAUACAAGAAUAAUUUGAAAAGCAUCAAUUACAAUUACAAAAAGAAUAUGAAUAAUAUUAAUUUAUGUAGUUAUAAUAAUAAUAAUAAUAAUAAUAAUAAUAAUAAUAAUAAUAAUAAUAAUAAUAAAAUGAUAAUUAUAUCGAUUAUGAUAAUGAUAAUUAAAAUGAUAAUGAUAAUUUUUUUUCACAUCAUUAAUAUGAAUAAAAUAGAUCAUUAAAUUAAUAAAAAAACUCAUAAGAAAGAGUACCAUUACUUUUUGUUGAUGUUAACUUGGGUAAAGAUAAAACUGAAAGAAUUAUCGUUUAUGAAAAUGAUACUUCUGAAUUACUUGCAUAGAAAUUUGCUUAAGAAAAUUAACUUGAUGAUAGUAUGAAAUUAAGACUUAAAGAUUUAUUAGAUAAUUAAAUUGCAAAUUUAUUGACUAAAAUUGAUGAAGAAGAGGCUCCUUCUGUAAUGAGCGAUUGA